AUGGCAAACCCUGAGGACGUGCGGAUUUCUUCGCCGCCCCCGCCACCUCCUUCGUCUCCCUCGUCUUCAGACGCCUCGUCAACAUCUUCCCCCGGCGUCCCAGUGAGUUUGGGCUGGCCAGUUCCAAGAAGAAGCAGCAGCCGAACAGUGGACCCGCUGGAGGAAGUGGAGCUGCAGAUCGGAGACGCAGCAUUUUCAUUAACCAAACUUCUUGAAGCCACAUCUGCAGUAUCAGCUCAAGUGGAAGAGCUUGCCUUCAAAUGUACAGAAAAUGCACGUUUCCUUAAAACAUGGAGGGACCUCUUGAAAGAAGGUUAUGAUUCUUUGAAGCCUGACAACUGAUUUGGCUGUGUAAUAAUUCCCUCUUCCUCAUUGAUGAUAUUUGCACGUGUACCAUAAGUAUAAGGUAGUCUCCAGUAGUUCUGUGUAUUCAGAAUGAAAUUUUUUUGGUUUCCUUCACUUUUGUGAAAGCAGAAUACUGAUGUUAUAUUUGAUGUUGGCAAUAUUUAUCUUUAAAUACUUUCUGUCCUCUAAACUUUCAUAGAAUCUUUUAUGGAAGUUAAUUUCAUCAGUAGAUAUUGUUAUCUAUAGUUUUAAUGGCAGAAAAAAAAAUAGUUAAAUCAUUAUUCUAUUUGAUUUGCAAGAAGAUGCCAAGAGUGCCAGAGUUUGAAGUUGAGCUUUAUUUUACAGACCUAGGGAGGUAACUUUAAGGCUACCAAUGUUGGCCCAGUGCCACUAGGCCAAGGUCCCUGGAACUAAUGAUUGUGUCUUGUUUAUCUCCAGCACCUAGAACAAUUGUGUCACACAGCAAUCAGUAAAUGUUUGUUGAAUAAAAGAGUUGACAGUACAGUUAAAAGCUGUUUUUUUUUGUUCCUGUUUUUACCAUGAAAAUUGUAAUUGUUUUUCUAAAAAAGUAUUUGACUCAGAACCUCACUGACUUGAAGGAAUACAAUCUUUUUUUUUUUUUAUGAGAAUUUGAACUUUGAGGACAACUUUUUAAAAUAUAUGAUAAAUAUUUUUUUAUCCUUUAUGAUGCUUUCUAAAAAGCUUUUAUUUCAGAAAAUGAAAGCCUGUCUAGAAAGAAUGUUUAUAUUUUUUCCUUGUUUAUUUCUCAGGUUAACUCUUUUUGACGUUGUUGUAUGUUUGGUUGUUCUCUUUAAAGUGCCUUGUCAAAAUUAUGGCUCUGUACUAUUACUUUUUGAGCUUUGCACAUAAUAAUUUAAAUUCUAAAUAUGAUUCUAAAGAAAUUACUGUGUUUUUAAGCCAACAAAUUUAAAUGAUGUGAUUGCUUGCAUGUAAUUUGACUUUAUUGACAAUGUUCUACUUUACACGUUCCAUAUCUUAUAUUCUCUCUGUCUCUCUUUGGUGGUUUGUGUCGACAAUUAAGCCAACUAAUUUUCCGUAAUUUCUAGACAUCUUUGAUAAUGCAUCUUAGUUCUUUGUAGAUAUGGAGUUGUGUACAGAUACGUAUUCUAAAGACCCACAGUGGGGUUAUGAAAGGGGACAAACGGAUGGGCAAAGAAUAGUUUCAUUGAGUAUAUUAGGUCAUAGUUCUUGGUCCCCUUUUUUUUUAAAAUUUUUUCUUUUUAGUUAAAGAUAACACAAAUGGUGUGCUUCUAUACCAAAGAGAUACUUAUUUUCAUAUUAGAAAAAUAUUUUUCUUACAUGUCACAAAAAUUUCAAUUUUUAAAAUGUAUAAAAAUAAACUUGUUCAAAGCAAA